AUGCUCAGAAAAAUUCCUAAACAUUACUUGCCAUUUAUGUAUUCGAAUUGCUUCAAUUUUUCAAAUGUGAAAAAAAAAGCAUACGACAUUGUUGAUCAUCACUAUGACGCGGUAAUAGUUGGUGCAGGUGGAGCAGGAUUACGGUCUGCUUUAGAAUUGUCUAAGAAUAAUUACAAGGUAGCAUGCAUAAGCAAAUUAUUUCCAACAAGGUCCCAUACUGUAGCAGCACAAGGUGGCAUAAAUGCUGCCUUAGGGAAUAUGACGGAAGAUGAUUGGAGAUGGCAUGCAUAUGAUACUAUUAAAGGUUCUGAUUGGUUAGGGGAUCAAAAUGCUAUUCAGUACAUGUGUAGAGAAGCUCCUGCAUCUGUUUUAGAAUUAGAAGAAUUUGGAUUACCAUUUUCAAGAACAAAACAUGGGAAAAUUUAUCAAAGAGCAUUUGGAGGACAAAGUUUAAAAUUUGGAAAAGGAGGACAAGCAUAUAGAUGUGCAGCGGCUGCAGACAGAACAGGGCAUGCAAUGUUGCAUACCUUGUAUGGUCAAUCAUUAGCAUACAAUUGUGUUUUUUUUGUUGAAUAUUUUGUAUUAGAUUUGUUAAUGGCUAGUCCACAUCAUUGUAUUGGUGUCAUUUGUAUAAAUAUAGCUGAUGGGAAAAUUCAUAGAUUUUUCUCACCCCAUACUGUAAUUGCUACUGGUGGUUAUGGUAGAGCAUAUUUAUCCUGUACCUCAGCACAUGCAUGUACAGGAGAUGGAAAUGCAAUUGUUGCAAGGAGUAAACUUCCCUUACAAGACUUAGAAUUUGUGCAAUUUCAUCCUACUGGUAUAUAUCCUGCAGGAUGUCUAAUUACUGAAGGUUGUAGAGGAGAAGGAGGUAUAUUAAGAAACAGAGAAGGAGAAGCAUUUAUGAUGAGAUAUGCACCAAAAGCAAAAGAUUUGGCAAGUCGGGAUGUAGUCAGCCGAGCUAUGACUAUAGAAAUAAAUGAAGGCAGAGGAUGUGGUCCAAAUGCAGAUCAUAUUUACCUAGACUUAACACAUCUACCAUAUGAAACAUUAAAAGAAAGAUUACCAGGUAUAAUGGAAACGGCCAAAAUAUUUGCUGGAGUCAAUGUCACCAAUCAAUAUAUUCCGGUUCUCCCAACUGUGCAUUAUAACAUGGGAGGUAUACCAACAAAUUACAAAACUCAAGUACUAACACAAAAGGUCAAUUUAUCAAAAGGUAUAAAUAUUUCAAAAGAUGACAUUAUUGUUCAAGGUCUGUAUGCAGCAGGAGAAGCAGCUUCUGCAUCUGUUCAUGGUGCGAAUCGGUUGGGAGCAAAUUCACUUCUAGAUAUUGUCGUCUUUGGAAAAAGAGCAGCUUUAACCAUCAUGGAAAUUGACAAACCUAAUAUUCCAUCCAUAAACACACAUGCAGAUAUAGGGGAUGAAACUUUACAACGAUUAGAUAAAAUAAGGUUUAAUAAAGGAAACAUUUCAACUGCACAAAUACGUAAAAAAAUGCAAGUUUGCAUGCAAAGGCACGCAGCUGUUUUUAGAAUCGGACCUCUUUUAGAAGAAGGAUACAAACAAAUACUUCAUAUAUGUUCACAGUUUAACGAUGUGUAUGUUAAUGAUAAAACAUUAACAUGGAACACAGACUUGUUGGAAACAUUGGAAUUGGAAAAUUUAUUAACAUUAGCCUCUCAAACUAUAUUAGCUGCCAUAGAGCGAAAAGAGUCAAGGGGUGCACAUGCAAGGGAUGAUUUUCCUGAACGAGAUGACAAAAAUUUUUUAAAACAUUCUUUAACAUGGAUGACUGAGAGGGAUGUUGAAAAAUCUAAAUUUUUUACAACUUACAGGGAUGUUUUUAUGAACCCCUUGGAUGAAGAAAUGGAGCACAUUCCCCCUGUAAAGAGAGUUUACUGA